UAUAAGGCAGUUGUGAAUGGUUAACAAAGUAUCAGUUUCACCAGUUCUAUUCCCUUCUAAACAACAACAUGCAUUACCAGUUCGCCAUCGUUCUUGUAUUGGUCGGUGUUGGAGCUUUCGCUCAGCCGCAGUUACCUAAACCACCCGGUUACUCACCUGCUCCCCCGAAACCAUACCCCACUCAAAGUUAUGAGCCGCUGAUGCCGUACAGUUUCGGCUACGCUGUCAGCGACGGCCCUAGCUACAACAACUACGCCCAUCAGGAGACGGCAGACACGAAAGCUGUAACCGGAUCUUACCGUGUUUCCUUGCCCGAUGGCCGAACUCAGAUCGUCACUUACAAGGCCGAUGAUAACGGAUACGUCGCCAACGUCAAAUACGAAGGACAGGCCAAGUAUCCAGAGAAUUACAGCAAACCGAAACCCGCCUACCAACCGGGCCCACCACCACCGCCGGCAUACAAACCUGCAACUCCAAUUAAACCUUACAAACCUUGAUCGGAUCAAUCUUGAAAGUUUCCGCCCUUUGCUCUAGAUAUAAAUGAUCUGGUUUUUGUUAUUAGUUUAGGAAUAUUCGAGAUGAAACUGAAUUACGAGAUUAUAUUUUGCACAUUGAUUUGUCAUGAACAAGAAACUGGUGUUCACCAAGCA